AUGUGUGGAUAUAAAUGCCGGUAUAUGUUCCCAUCACUCAUUAUAUCUGAAGAAGUGGAUGAACUACAAAACAUCUUCUACAUUACAGAACAAGUCCAGCUAAAUUUUUGUUGCUGUAACCUUUCUAAUGAAAGGAUUCUGCUAGUACUCCUAGAUGUCUAUUUCUGUAUUCUGGAUCAGAACAUAUUCUGUGAAGCUUGGCUUCCCUACACUAUUAUAUCUGUACUUUUACUCUUGAAUAGAUCAUAUAGCUCUAUAUUAUCUCAGGUCCCAAGAGGUCAAUGCUCCGAGGAAUGUCUUCCGGGGUUCAGAAAAUCUAUAAGAGAAGGAUAUCACCCAUGUUGUUAUAAUUGUGCUCCGUGUUCAGAAGGAGAAAUAUCAAACCAAUCUGACAGUGAACUCUGCAAGAAGUGUCCUGAAAAUGAAUGGCCUAACAAAGCUAAAACUAUUUGUAUUGACAAGGUCAAUGAGUAUUUAUCAUACGAGGGGGACAUUCUAGUUUUAUUUUUUUCUAUAACUUCAGUCAUAUUUGCUACAACAUCUCUCCUUAUACUUGGACUAUUUGUUUGGUUUCGGAGCACUCCCAUAGUCAGAGCCAAUAACCGGAACCUCAGCUUCAUUCUGCUCCUCUCCCUCAUACUGAGCUUCCUUUCUGUAUUCAUGUUCCUUGGCCGUCCUGUGGAUAUUACCUGUAUGCUGCAACAAGUCACUUUUGGAGUUUCCUUCACCAUCUCAGCAUCUUCUAUCCUCGCCAAAACCAUCAUGGUCUUCAUUGCUUUUAAAGCCACCAGACCUGGAAGCUCAUGUAGAAAAUGGGUGGGAGUCAAACUUCCCAAUACAGUCAUGUUAUUCUGCUCAUCCAUUCAGGUUAUGAAUUGCAUUCUCUGGUUGUCCAUCUCUCCACCAUUUCAGGAGUAUGACAUGGACUCCUAUCCUGGGAAGAUCAUCAUUCAGUGUAAUGAAGGGUCAGUUAUCGGCUUCUACUCUAUGUUGGGUUAUAUGGGGUUUCUGGCAGCUGUGAGUUUUCUUCUGGCUUUCAUGGUGAGGACAUUACCGGACAGUUUUAAUGAGGCCAAGUACAUCACCUUCAGCAUGCUGGUGUUCUGCAGUGUCUGGAUUGCCAUGAUCCCGGCCUAUCUGAGCACCAGAGGGAAAUACAUGGUGGCUGUGGAGAUAUUCGCCAUACUGACCUCCAGUGCUGGAAUAUUAUUGUGUAUGUUUUCUCCAAAACUCUACAUUUUACUUUUCAAACCUGAACUGAACACAAGAGGGACAAUGCUGGGGAAGAGAAUGAUGUAAAUGUAACACAUUGAUUCAAUGUAUAAUGCUGUAGACCAGAUUAAACAAAUUCAGUCAUA